AUGACGGUCGACCACGGCGGCGAUCCUGUGCCGUUGAAUGGAAACAAGAGCGACCUGGGCCGCCAGAGCGGUGGCGAAAUCGACAUUAUUGAGGGUGUCGAUGGCGAAGGCGCUAAUCUUGCGAGUCUCCACACGGGCGGUGCAUGCCAGGUUCCUUCUAAUGUGAGCACCGUCCAGCAGGGUUCCUUGCAGCAGCCCAACUGUACCAACCAGCCCGGAUGCGCCACCAAGUUUGACAAUGUCGCCUCGUUUGGCCUUGGAUUUAAUGCGAAUCUGGACUCCAAGUCGCUCCCUGUCGAGGUGGUGGCGCCUUUGAACAACGCGCCUACAACGCUGAACUACGAAGACGCGAUCAACGCAUGGGGCAAGCCGCAGGCCUUUUUUGGCUCCGACUUUGGUAAUGGCUCAGACUGCUCCAUGAGCGAAAACUUUAAUAACCACGAGAUCAUUUUCGACACGACGACAACGUGUCAGGACUUUAUUAUCAACAAUGGCUCGCAACUGGACGGCGCGCGCUGGGAGAUUGACUAUCUGCGCAUCUACUCUAAUGGAUGCGAGAAGCAGACCGACAAGCCGUGUCCAAAGGGGCAACCGGAGGGCGACUGCUCGCACUGUCCCGAAGGUUCCGACUGCCACAAGGCAUCGGCCGGCGUGCGGCUGUCUGCGCCGGUGACGGGCACGCUCACCUUUGCUCUGACCAGCAUGAUCGCGGCGUAUCUAUUCGUCGAGUUGUUGAAUUGCAUGUAA